AUGGAUCGCAAUACUUGUACUUCAAAACAUCCAAGGAUACCAACCGAGGACCUCGUGUCGUGGGUCUUCAAUGGCACACAGUAUGAUCGAGAAAAGCCGAUCCUAAUAGACCCGUCCGAUCCGUCAAGAUACAUCUCAUACAAUCACGCCAGAGAUAUGGUUGGAAAGCUUGCAACCGGAUUCAGGAAAGCUGGUUUGAGGCCAGGCGAUUGCGUAAUUGUCAACUCAGGAAAUGACGUAGGAGAACCCCGAAUCUACUACCCUAUUGUCUUUCUCGGAGUCGUUGCCGCAGGAGGCAUAUUUGCAGGUACAAACCCAGGUUUCAAGCACUCGGAGCUCGCCCAUCAUAUCAAAAUAUCCAAAGCGAAGUUUCUCAUUUCGGACCCCGAGCCGCUGAGCGAAUCGCUGGCCGCAGCAGACGCAACAGGGAUUCCCAAAGAAAAAACAUGGAUAUUCGACACCACGGAAGGGAAUUUCUCGUCUCCAAAGGAUAUUAAAUCAUGGAAGACACUUCUGCAGACGCCGGAGUCGAGUGGGAAUUGGAUUGCGUUCAACGACCUGGAGACAUCAAAACGAACUCCUGCGGCGAUACAAUUCAGCAGUGGGACGACAGGACUGCCAAAGGCUGCUAUGUUGAGUCAUUACAAUAUCGUUGCGCAGCACUCGCUUGCGUAUGACACAUAUCCGCGCCCUUAUCCGGUAAGUGCCCUCCGAGCAGGCGUUCCCACUUACAUUAUGCGACGAUUCGAUGUGUUCAAAUACGUCCAGUACAUCCAGAAAUAUCAAGUAACAGACUUGAUGGUAGUGCCGCCCAUCGUCGUUGCACUCAUCAAUUGUCCCCUCCUGGACGAUCCUCAAUACAUGAAGAGCGUCAAAUGGGGAUUUUCUGGAGCCGCACCCCUAGGCGUGUCCACGCAAGCGCGACUUCGCGAAAAGCUUCCGGCGGGCGCGGCCUUUACUCAGAUUUUUGGCAUGACAGAGACGAGUUGUCUCGCGCUGAUCACUCCGUACGGAGAGGAUGAUGAUACUGGGUCGGUGGGGAGACCUAUCCCGGGUCUUGAAGCGAAAUUAGUUGAUGACGAUGGUUCUCAGAUUACCGCAAGUGGUAUCCGAGGAGAAUUGUGCCUUCGGGGGCCGACUAUCUUCACUGGUUAUUUCGAAAACGAACAGGCCAAUAAAGAAUCCUUUGACGAUGAGGGUUGGUUCAAAACUGGCGAUGUGGCAUAUUUUUCCCAGGACUCUAAAUGGUAUAUUGUGGACAGGAAGAAGGAACUGAUCAAGGUGCGCGGUUUUCAGGUAGCGCCUCCUGAAUUGGAAGCUGUGCUCCUCUCGCAUUCCGAGGUCAUCGAUGCAGCUGUCAUUGGAGUUCGUUAUCCCGGGAUCGAGGAUGAACAUCCAAAGGCGUAUGUUGUUGCUAGAGACAAGGCCAAUCCACCAAGUGAAUAUGAGCUGAAAGCCUUCCUAGCUAAGAGAUUGGUGAAGUACAAAUGGCUAACGGGAGGGGUGACCAUUGUUAAUGCAAUUCCCAAGAAUCCCUCGGGAAAGAUUUUAAAGAAGUUAUUGAGACAGCAGUCAACGGUCGGACUUGAGAACAAAUCCAAGAUUUAA